UUCUUGAAUGCUCUCCUGGUGGGCAUCAGAUCCUGCAGAGCCCUUACCGAAGCAUUGAUUUCGAUUCAACCCACCUCCAGCAAUCAGCUAUUCAGGAUUUAAUAUGUGACCAUUCCUUAACACCAGGAUGGUACCGCUUUAUGAUAUUUGAUAAGCCUGCUGAGAUGCCGACCAAGUGCGUGGAGAUGAAUCACUGCGGUACUCAAGCCCCUGUCUGGUUGUCUCUGAGGGAGUCAGAAUCCAUGCCUAGACCUGGUGAGAUCAAACAGUUAACAGCUUGUGCUACAUGGCAGUUUUUCUUCAGCGCUUCAAAAGACUGCUGUCUUUUCCGAAUCCCUGUCAGUGUGAGGAACUGCGGAGAUUUCUUUGUUUACUUACUGCAGCCCACCCAAGGAUGCAUGGGGUAUUGUGCAGAAGUAUUGCUCAGUCUGUUGCAAAAUGAGCAGUUUGGAGGUAACCUGGCUCCUUCAUCAUCUCCAUUCAUGUCACCACCACUACCACCCAUUCCUGAAGUUGUAGCAGAGCUGAUCAAAGGCAGCAUUUACCUUAGGUGUACCUUUGGCAUUCCUUCUGCAAACAGCUCAGUUGGAUUCACUGUAACUUGGUCAAGACUUUCUCCUGAAGGUAUCAAAGAAGAACUGAAACAUGAAACAGCAUUUCAUGGCUUCUCACUUCUAGAACUAGAUGGGAUAAGCAUCAGACUGGGAGACAGAGUCUACUGUAGCAGUUCUGCUUUUUUUGUGGAGAAGCCAGAUAUACAAAGUUCUUCAGUUGAGAGCAAGGAAUUUUUUGCUGGCAUUAAGAUACAUCCAGAAACAUACGAUAUAUCAGAAAAUGGGAAGGAAUACAGACUGGCAGUAGAAAGUAGCAUUCCUAUUCCUUGUCCUGAGUUUAGCCAGCUUGAAAGUAACUGCAAAAUCUCAUUAACAUUACAUACUAUUGAUGAAGGUAAAGAGCACUUAGGUUUAAACUUGGCUCUUUCUUCUUGUCAUGUGGAUCUUCUCCAGAAACCCUGCAAUAACGGAAUCUGUAGUCAAGCUGUAAUUUAUUUCACUGCUGUGACAGACUUUAUGCAGGAUGGAGACAGAAUUACCAGAAUUGCAAUCAAACCUAUAUCCAGUGAGAAUUUCCUGUGGAAUGGCUAUGUUCCAGAAAGCACACAGAUUACAGUAAAGGAUCUACCCACUGCCUACUGCUACUCAUUUACUGACCCUCAUAUAAUUACAUUUGAUGGAAGGCUCUAUGACAAUUUUAAAACGGGAACAUUUGUUCUUUACAAGAGUACAUCUCGAGAUUUUGAAGUUCAUGUUCGCCAGUGGGAAUGUGGAAGUCUUCACUACCCAGCAUCCUGUAACUGUGGCUUUGUUGCCAAAGAAGGAAGUGAUAUAAUUGCAUUUGACAUGUGCAGUGGUCAGGUACAUGAGACACAGCCACAGUUAUCUGUAAUAAAUAGAGACACAACAGGAAGCAACGUUAGAAUCACUGAAUCCUACCUAGGAAGAAAAGUAACAGUUUUGUUUUCUUCUGGAGCUUUUGUUCGUGCUGAUGUGAGUGAAUGGGGAAUGAGCAUAACACUGAGGGCACCCAGUUCAGAUUACAGACAUACAGUGGGACUCUGUGGCACCUUUGAUGGAAGUGCAGAGAAUGACUAUCACACCACAAGCGGGGUGGAAAUCCCAAACCAUGCUAAUGUUCCUUUUUCUUUUAUUAAGGAAUGGAGAAUUUCACCAGGAGACAGCUUGUUUGACAAGACACCUGCUUCUUUAACAUCUUCUAGAAAAAUGGUCUUUUGUGACUGUGCACUUGAAGACACUGAACUAUAUCGAUCAGUGAAUAAACUAGAGACAGUUUAUCAGUCAGAAUUUUCUCCAUCUUGUAAAGAAAGUGAAAAUGGUAAAUUUCUUUCUUUGAUACCAGGACUGGAUGUCACUGCUGAGUAUCUUGGUCCUGUAGAUCUUGUCAGAGGCUUAAAGAAACGUUCAUCUGCACAUGAAAUGGAUUUAUCUACACUUCUGCAGAGGGAGGAUAAUCAAACCAAACUUCAUGAAACAUCACUAGUAAAUACGCAUGUCUCUGCAACCUCAGUGGGAAAUACUGGUCUAGAAAGAGAAGGAACUUCAAGCUUGGGCAUUAGAAGAAAUUCUCACCGUUACAGCAGUCAUCUUGACAAAAGUCAACGUGUUACAAGUAGGGGGAAGCGCCAAAACUAUUAUGAAUACCAUCCAGUAUUUCUAUUCCAAAGUCUUAGCCAAACAGGCUUAGACGUAUAUAGUUAUUUUUUCCCAGAGGACUAUGCCACUGACACAGACCAGAAGUUUCUUCCUUCUUGGCCCACACUCUCUGGCCUCACGGAGUCUAGCGCUUUGUUACUAUGCCAGCAGGCAAUAGCUAAUUCCAGUAUAGGAAGAUCUUGUGGUGGCCUUCUUGGCCAGCGAAUAGAGGAUGCAAUAAAUAUGUGUGUUAAAGAUUUGCUGCUGAAAGAUGACCUCAGUUGGGCAGAAGCUUCCUUAGCUCUUCUAGAGAAUGAAUGUGAGAAAAGAGUUUUAGAAGAAAUAAAUUACAACCAACAGGAACUUGAAGAGUCAGUUGAGAGCCUACUUAUUGCACUAAAAUGUCCCGGUCUCUGCAGUGGUAAUGGGGAAUGUACGGAAUGGGGCUGUACAUGUUUUCAAGGCUAUGGCUCAUAUGACUGCAGCAUACUGUCUGCCCAGGCUCCAGAAAUUACAGAGCUGGAGAAUGCUGGGCUGUGUGAUAUUCGACAGUAUGACUGCACAUCAGUGAGAGCUUUUGGACAUGGCUUCAGGGAGUCACUGAGUCUGAAAUGUGAAAUUAUCAAACUACAGUAUAGUGAUAGACAAUGGAUUCCUGGAGAACCUCUAUCUAUGCCAGCUGCCUUCCAAAAUGCCAGGACUGUCGACUGCCAGUUACCAAAUGAUGGCCAGCAGUCUGAUGUCAUGGAUCUGGUUGAUGACAAACCCAUUGCCAGGUGGCAAAUAAAGAUUUCUAAUGAUGGGUUCAUUUAUAGCAACUCUAAAACAAUGAUAUUGUAUGAUGGAGCCUGUCAGACAUGUGAACCACAAGAAUCUGGGUUAUGUACAUUAAAGGAGAAAACAUGCAACAUAGAUGGACUCUGUUAUGGUGAAGGCGACACAAAUCCAACCAGCCCUUGUUUACUCUGCAGACCUGACAUAUCAAAGUUAACUUGGUCAGUUGUUGAAAACAACCAGCCUCCAGUGCUUGAAAAUUUUCGGGGUAUGCUACAGACUUUUUAUGGAGAAGAUUUUGUAUAUCAGUUUUUGGCUUCAGAUCCAGAGGGCUCUGCUAUUCAUUUCACAUUGGAUUCUGGUCCAGAAGGUGCCAGUCUUUCCCCAUCAGGUCUCCUUUUGUGGAAAGCUGUGUCAGUGAAUCUCCAUAAAUUAACAUUUUCUUUGACAGAUGACUGCAAUGCAAAGACUAAGGUAGAAAUAGAGGUCAGUGUAAAAUCGUGUGAUUGCCUAAAUAAUGGCUCAUGUGUGACAAACAUUAAUUUCCCACCUGGAAGUGGAAGAUAUCUUUGUGUAUGUGUGGCUGGAUUUGAAGGUGAUCUCUGUCAAGUGAAUACUGAUGACUGUAAAGUUAACCAGUGUGGUAUUGGCAGAUGUGUGGAUGGAAUAAACAGCUAUUACUGUGAAUGUCCACCUGAACUUCAAGGUAGAAAUUGUCGAGAUGAUGUAGAUGAAUGUGUAUCCAGUCCUUGCUUCCCUGGAGUAUUUUGCUUCAAUACUUUUGGUUCUUACUAUUGUGGUCCAUGCCCAGAUAAUCUGCAAGGAGACGGAAAGUCAUGUUACGCUGAAGCAAAAGUAACUACUAAUGUACCUUCACAUCUUUUGUUUUUAGAAAGCUUUGAAAACACUAAGGUUGAAAGAAAGGAUUCCACAAGAGAAAUUGGAGGGAAUAAAGUUCGACAAUUUAAUUCAGUGCUGGUGGUGUAUUCUGAUCUGAAAAAUGAGUCUGAAAUGUCAAUAUCAACAAAUCCCUUAGGUUUUCAACAGUCAUCAUUUGAGAAGGAUUUAAGCAUCUUGACCUAUAUUUCCAGUACUACAGAUGUACCUGAGAGAUUUAUUUCUACGGAAGUGGUCAGUAGCAGCACUCCAUCAUCUUCCACAGUAAAACCCAUCACUGCUUGGAAGUCACUUCAUGCUCAGAGAAGUGCUUCUGUACAACCUGCUGUUACUGGAAACAUUGUUCGUGCUCUCAGCACCAUCAGUGGUUACCUUGCUAACAUGGAAGAAAGUUCUUCAGUACAUGCUGUGAUGCCUGCAUCUUCACAGAGCCAUGUUGCAUCACCUGAGGAGAAAAUAAGGGCACAAGCUGAGGCCUACAGCUAUUUUGAGACCAGCAGGAAGACUUCUUCUAGCAGGACAGCAGAUACAAGCAAAGAGCUUUCUUUGCCGAGCAAAGUACUCAAAAGUGAAAAUGCUCACAGAGUUCCGCAACUAUUAGUCAAGCAUAAAGCUAGUCCUUUACCUUUUGGUCUUGUUGAAGUCACUGCACCUCCAAAAAUGCUUCCUGAAGAACUGAGUGAAAUAGUGAUUCCUAAAGCAGUAGCUUGUUCUGAUUUACCCUGUUUUCCUGGCGUACGGUGUGAGCCACAUCAGGAUGGAGGUGUCAAGUGCGGUCAUUGUCCUUAUGGUUAUUAUGGAGAUGGCUUCACUUGCAGAGCAAGAUGUAGACAAAUCUGUGGCAAAAACAUGGAGUGUGUGGCACCUAAUAUUUGCAAGUGCAAGCCUGGUUAUACUGGUUAUAACUGUCAGGCUGCUCUGUGCAGACCUGAUUGCAAAAACCACGGGAAGUGCAUUAAGCCCAAUGUCUGUGAAUGUCUACCAGGAUAUAGUGGCUCUGCUUGUGAGGAAGCACAUUGUCAACCACCCUGUCAAAAUGGAGGCACGUGCUUGGCCAGAAAUCUCUGCACUUGUCCAUAUGGUUUUGUGGGACCAAGAUGUGAUACAAUGGUUUGCAACAGGCACUGUGAAAAUGGUGGUGAAUGUCUUACUCCAGACAUCUGCCAGUGUAAACCUGGGUGGUACGGGCCUACAUGCAGUACAGCUGUGUGUGACCCCGUAUGUCUCAAUGGUGGUUCCUGUACUAAGCCAGAUGUUUGCCUCUGUCCACAUGGAUUCUUUGGUGCCCAGUGUCAGAAUGCUGUCUGCAGCCCACCUUGUAAGAAUGGUGGUCAUUGCAUGAGAAAUAACGUCUGUUCUUGUCCUGAGGGGUAUACAGGCAGAAGAUGUGAAAAAAGUGUCUGUGAGCCAAGGUGCAUGAAUGGAGGAAGGUGCGUAGGACCAAACAUUUGCUCUUGUCCUUCAGGAUGGAGAGGAGAAAGAUGUAACACUCCCAUCUGUCUUCAGGAAUGUGAGAACGGUGGAGAGUGUAUUGGGCCGAGUACGUGUCAUUGUCCCCCACAGUGGGAAGGAAUCCAGUGUCAAACACCUGUGUGCAACCAGAAGUGUCUGUUUGGAGGCAAGUGUGUAUUGCCUAACGUAUGCUCCUGUCGUCCUGGUUAUACUGGAGUCCUCUGUGGGAAGAAAAUUCAGGUACAAAGACAUCAUGGUUAA